AUGGGGAUACUUGAUAUCGUUAAGGAUGAGAUGCCAGCAAAGGAUUUCGAAAAUAGCUCAAUAAUAAUUGUGCCAAAACCUGGUUUUUGUGUCAAGUUAAAGUCGAAGAAGAAUGAAAAGGUUUUCGUGAACAUAUGUAUUUCCGACAAAGUUCCUGCCCCAAGAAGAAUAACUGAAGAUGAACUAAGAGAAAUCCUUGAUGAUAUUGAGAAUUCCCCACCUUUCAAAGUCCCUAUGUGUAUAGGGGAGCCACACGCUGAAGUUGACUCAGGUACUGCGAAUCAGUUACAGUUCAUUGAAAUUCGUUCCAUCUAUUAA